AUGGUUGUUGAUUCUAGAGUAGCAGAACCAACAGCAGGAGUUGUGUUGAUAGAUGCUCAAAAGACAGAGCAAGAAGGGCUGAAAUUGAAAGAUCUUAAGAUUUGGGAUUCCAUGAAGAAAAAGAAUCAAGGGAAUGCAAGGGCCAAACGGAUGCAGCUUCAAGCACUUCGUGGUGAAUUUGAAACUCUACAAAUGAAGGAGGGAGAAUCUGUUUCAGAUUACUUCUCAAGGACAAUGGCAAUCGCUAAUAAGAUGCGGAUACAUGGUGAUACAUUGGAAGAUGUGACUAUUGUUGGAAAGAUAUUUUGCUCCAUGACAACAAAAUUCAAUUAUGUUGUUUGCUCUAUUGAGGAAUCAAAUGAUAUUGAUGAUCUUUCUCAUGAUGAGUUACAAAGUGCUUUGUUGGUUUAUUAG